UCGCACGUGGUAAGGAGUCUUUAUUAGCGCCUUCGCUGAAGACUUCCCGUCCAGUCGGUUCCUUGUCACAGGCCUCUUUGGUCCUUUGUAGCAUCGCUCUGACCUGUAAGACUAACAUCCAUCGGAAUCACACCGACCGCAGACAUGGUGAAACUAGCCAAGGGUGCAAAAACGCAAAAUAAACCAAAGAAGGCUGCUCCACCACCACCAAAAGAUGUGGAUGAUAGUGAUGAAGAGGACAUGGAAGAAGAUAGCAGCAGUGAAGAGGAGGUUGAAGUCCCUGUGAAGAAAACCCCUGCAAAGAAAGCAGCCACUCCAGCUAAACAAACACCAGCAAAGAAAGCUGCCACUCCAGCUAAAGUGGCAGUCACACCAGGAAAAAAAGGAGCUACUCCAGUAGGCACAAAAAAUGGCAAACAGGCAAAGAAGCAGGAAAGUGAGGAUGAAGAAGAAUCUGAUGAAGAAUCCGAAGAGGAACAGAAGCCGGUUGCCAAGAAACCUGUAGCCAAAGUAUCUGUAGCUGAAGAGGAUGAUGAUGACGACGAAGAUGACGAUGAGGAUGACGAAGAUGAUUCUGAGGAAGAAGUCAGUGCCAAAAAGCCAGUUGCCAAAAAACCUGUUGCAAAGCCUGUGGUAAAGAAGCCGGCAAAGAAAGAGGAAUCUGAGGAUGAAGAUGAGGAAGAUUCAGAUAUAGAAAUGGAAGUAACACCAGUUGUUGCAAAAGGAAAGAAAGCUGCCCCUGUCAAAGCAAAAGAAGAGUCUGAUGAUGACGAUGAUGAGGAAGAUGAUGAUGACGAUGAGGAAGAUGAUGAUGAGGAAGAAGAAACUGUAAAAGAAUCUGGUAAACGUAAAAAAGAGGCCCCAAAGAAGGCUGUCCCAGAGAAAAAGCAGAAAACUGAGGGAACAGAAGGUCUCUCCGUAUUUGUGGCAAAUCUGAACUCUGCUAAGGACUUUGAUGAAUUAAAGGAGGCUCUUAGAGUGUUUUUCACAAAGAAAAGCUUAACUGUUGAGGAUGUCCGCAUUGGUGCAUCAAAGAAAUUUGGAUAUGUGGAAUUCUCAUCUGAAGAAGAGGUGGAAAAGGCUUUAAAAUUCAAUGGGAAGAAAGUUCUUGGUUUUGAUAUGAAGCUGGAUAAAGCUAUGGCCUUUGACAAGAAUAAAAGUGCAGAGGUCAAAAAAGAGAGAGACUCAAGAACUCUGUUUGUCAAGAAUAUUCCAUACAGCACAACUUCUGAGGACCUGCAGGAAAUCUUCGAAAAUGCAAAAGAAGUUAGACUUCCAAGUGGGAAUGAUGGAUCAAGCAAAGGUAUUGCUUAUGUAGAAUUCAACAGUGAAGCAGAGGCAGAUAAAGCUCUUGAGGAAAAACAAGGAACUGAGAUUGAUGGGAGAGCUAUAUUCUUGGACUUCACAGGAGACAAGAGUCAAAACAGUGGAGCAAGACGAUCUUCUGGUCCUGGAGGAGAUUCCAAAACCCUUGUUGUGAACAAUCUUGCCUACAGUGCUACAGAAGACAGUUUACAGGAAGUCUUUGAGAAAGCAACAUCAAUUAGGAUACCACAGAACAAUCAGGGAAGACCUAAAGGCUUUGCAUUCAUAGAAUUUUCAACUGUGGAAGAAGCAAAAGAUGCCAUUGAAUCCCUUAACAAUACAGAAAUUGAAGGAAGGACUAUUCGACUUGAGUUUAGUACCGGAGGUGGCCCUCAAGCUGGUGGCAGAGCUUCUGCACAGACAAAGACACUUUUUGUCAAAGGCCUUUCUGAAGACACCACAGAGGAAACUUUAAAGGAAGCAUUUGAUGGCUCCAUAAACGCAAGAAUUGUGACCGAUCGAGACACUGGAGCAUCCAAGGGAUUUGGCUUUGUAGACUUCUCUUCUGCUGAAGAUGCAAAGGCUGCCAAAGAUGCAAUGGAGGAUGGUGAAAUAGAUGGAAGCAGAGUCACUCUAGAUUUUGCAAAACCCAAAGGUGACGGCCAGAGAGGAGGGCGUGGAGGAUUUGGAAGAGGCGGUUUUGGCGGCAGAGGUGGUGGUGGUCGUGGUGGGUUUGGCGGCAGAGGUGGUGGCGGCCGUGGAGGAUUUGGUGGUAGAGGAAGAGGAGGAUUUGGAGGUAGAGGAGGAGGUGGAGGAUUCAGAGGUGGAAACCAAGGGAAGAAGAUAAAGUUUGAUGACUAAACAGUUUGAUUCCCCUUCAAACCUUAAGCCAUCUCCCUUAAAUGAAAGGACUCUGAGGUCAAAAGGAGACUUUGGGUUUCCUUCCCCAAACCAGUCUAACCUUGCCAGAGCCUUCUGUUUGGACAUUCCAAAGUGGAGACUUAAUUUGUUCUGCUACCACCUGGAUGCAAAGUCAUUUCAUGGAAGAUGUGUGACUGCUUGACUAUACUUAUACAGACUUUCUUUUUGUUUCUUUGUUUUUGAUUUUUUUUUAGUGUGCGAGAAGAGACCCUGUCCUGAACCUGUCAAAUUAAUGUUUUACCAACUGUAAAAAAAGAAAUUUCCUUAUUGAAUCCUGUAGUAUUUUGCUGUAAAUGCAGAAUGUUAAUGAUUUGUGCUUAGACAGCCUGUCUUCGAAUUAAAGGACCUCAUCUGGUUACAUUAUUUUUAUUUACAA